CCUCAACCCAGAAUCUCUCAUCACCUACUAUCAUUCUUUAUCCCUUUUUUGGCUCUGAUUCUCCCGCACUAUUUUCGUUACUUAUCCUUGGCUUGAAAUUCUGUUGCUCCCCCCCUUUCUUUCUUUUCUUUUUGCCCCGCCGGAUAGCUGAGAAUUUCGAUUUCGUUUCUGGCUAUGGAGGCUUCGGCGAUUGGAAGCUCUCAAGCUAAGCUCAGAAAAUCUGAACUUGCUUAUAGGGAAGUGCGCUUCUGUUAUCUGAAGGAUUCUUUCGGGCUUUCGAAUUCUAGGAUUUGUUUUGAUCGGAGUCCCGCAUGGAAGAAGGCCGGGAUGCGCUUGACUGUGAGAGCUUUUCAAUUUGAAGCCGUUCGCGAGGAGAGUCGCUCUCCUUCUGCCAAAACGUCUAAAUCGCUGAAUGAUGUCAGGUUAUUUGUGGGGUUGCCCCUCGAUGCCGUUUCUUCUGACUGUAGUUCAGUAAACCAUGCUAGGGCAAUUGCAGCUGGUCUGAAGGCUUUGAAGCUAUUAGGAGUUGAAGGUGUUGAACUUCCAAUUUGGUGGGGUAUUGUUGAGAAAGACUGCAUGGGAAAAUAUGAAUGGUCAGGUUAUCUUGCUAUUGCCGAGAUGGUUCAGAAUGCAGGUCUCAAGCUCCAUGUGACGCUUUGCUUUAAUGGAUCUAAAACACCAAGCAUCCCACUACCCAAGUGGGUGUCUCAGAUUGGUGAUUCGGAGCCAGGCAUUUUCUUUACGGAUCGAUCAGGACAGCGGUACAAGGGAUGUUUGUCAUUCGCAGUUGAUGAACUUCCGGUUUUCAAUGGGAAAACUGCAGCGCAGGUCUACCAGGGCUUCUGUGAGAGCUUUAAAUCUUCGUUUGCUCAUUUUAUGGGCUCUACAAUUACGGGAAUUUCCAUGGGUUUAGGACCAGAAGCGGAGCUACGCUAUCCAUCUCACCACAAGCUACCAAAUAUCCAUGGAGUUGGAGAAUUCCAGUGUUAUGACAAAAACAUGCUUUGCCUUCUCAAAAAACAUGCUGAAGCAUCAGGAAACCCUCUGUGGGGGCUUGGUGGUCCCCAUGAUGCCCCUAACUAUCGCCAGUCACCAAACUCUGGCGGCUUUUUCACUGAUGGUGGCUCAUGGGAGUCUCCUUAUGGGAACUUUUUCCUUUCCUGGUAUUCUGAUAUGCUUGUAGCUCAUGGUGAUCGCCUCCUUUCUAUAGCAGCCACAACUUUUGACUGCCAAGUUUCAGUAUACGGCAAAAUUCCACUAAUGCACUCUUGGUACAGAACCCGAUCUCAUCCUUCUGAGCUAACUGCAGGCUUCUAUAACACACAGAACAGAGAUGGUUACGAAGCAGUUGCAAAUAUGUUUGCUAAGAACUCAUGUAAGAUGAUAUGUCCUGGAAUGGACCUGUCAGAUGCAAACCAGCCACAUGAAACCCUCUCAAGUCCUGAGUUAUUGCUUGCUCAGAUUAUGGCAGCUUGCAGGAAGCACGGGGUCAAGGUUUCGGGGCAAAAUGCGGGUGCUGGAGCUCCAGAAGAUUUUGAACAGAUCAAGAGAAAUUUGUCCGGAGAUAAUGUGUUGGACUUGUUCACAUAUAAUAGAAUGGGGGCUCACUUCUUUUCGCCCGAACAUUUUCCUUCGUUCACCAAGUUUGUUCAGAGCCUUAAUCAACUAGAAUUGCAUACAGAUGAUCUACCUGCUGAAGAUGAAGAAGCCGCUGAAUCCUUAGUGAACAGCUCAGAAUCAAGCAAGCAGUUGCAAGCGGCCUAAAAGUGAUUAAUUGGUAUUUGUGAUUAUCAUGUAUAUAACAAUCUGUUGCGCCAUUGCUUAAGAACAGGUUUUCUUUAUAUUGCAAACAGGAUGCAUAAUGACAUCCUCGAUUACAUAGCCACUGCUAUAGACUUUUUACCUCUCUCUCUCUCAAUUAGGGGCUAUGGUAUCAAAUCUUAUCGAGUGAAAAAGAGAUAGGAACAAAGGAGUAUCCCGCUUGUUAUACAUAUUGAAUCGCAAGAGAAUUUUACAAUUUCAAGGGAGAGUCCAUUGUCUUGAAA